GUUAAAUGUCAAAAGCACCAAAAGAAAAGGAAAUUGGUACAACUCGCUUACAGCUUUUGGUUGACAAAAUUACUACAUCUGGUUCCAAUAACGUUGAUUGUUCACUCGUUGAAGAGACUAUAAAUAUAUGCAGCAAGUCAAGUUCUACUGUUUCUGAUUUAUUUCGAUUUGCUACUAUUCAAUUACGCCGUAAUCAUGCUCAGAUUAGACUUGGAGUGUUAAGAUUACUUAGAUUGUUAUCUUCUCCCCAAGCGAUCGUUCGUCAGUUAACCUUGGAUAUGAAUGACGCGACCAAAUUCAUUCCUUUGGCGAAAUGUCUUCGUAACUUGAUUUUAGAUAAUUUACAAGAUACUUUUUCAUAUAUUGUACAGUUAGAAUCAUAUUCUGCGCCUAUGCUUUUACCAAAAGAAGCCGCUAAAGAAUUACAAUUUGAAGGAAUAGAACUUCUUCUUGAUUGGGAGUAUGAAUUAGAACAAGGACAUUUUGAUGUCACUCCUUGGAAUCCUGACCUAUCUCCGCCCCUAUCAUGGGUGCCAUCACAGAGAGCCAAAGGUCAAUUGAAAGCAUUUAUAAAUUUCCUCAAUUUGGAUAGUCGGCCCCUUGGUAACUUUGGUUCUGGAUAUUGUCCAACAAAACAACUAAUAAAAAAGAUACAAGAACAACGUAAACAAAAGUCUCAAUUGUUCAAGAGUGAAGUAAAAAAAUCUCAUCGCCUUCUUAAUGAUUGCCUGAAUGAAAUCGAAGAAUGUAGCGAAUCGGUUGAAGAAAAUUUAGUCUCUUUGUCAACUAUAUUAGAAAUACUGGUUCCCAAUCCAACGUCUGAGUCUAGUGAAAUUGAUAAAACGGAAAUAAUCGAAAAUCAAUCAGAGACUGACCAUAAGUCCAUGACAACCAUGAACUCAUUUGAUUCUUUACGUUUGCAUGGAUGUCUUCCUGGAAGUUCAAGUGGUUUCGGUUUGGGCUCUACACUUACGAUUGAAAUUCAAUUGCCUUGUAAUAGUCAAGUUAAUUCAUCUGGAGCUUCAUUUGAACCAAAAAUCUAUAUUAAACGUUCGACAGAAACAAAAGAAUUAGAAGAGUCAGCUACAACUUUCGCUCGUUUAGCAGCAGAAAAACAUAGACCUAAACUUACGGAUUACUUGCAAACUUUGGAAAGUACUCACUCAAUGAAUUUUGCUGCAAAACUUUCUUCUAAACGGAAUGAAAAAAUCGAAAUUCUUAAACAGUGGAUUAGUCGAAUUCAAACCCUGACAUCUUUAUUCUAUGAUCGAAUCGAAUUCAUUGAUAGCGAACCAAUCCAUCGCGUAAAUAAUCCUGACCGUACUUCUAUCUCUAGUGAUGACAGUGAUUUUGAAGAGGUAGUCAGCACUACAUCAGAUACUGGUAAAUCACUAUGUUAUCCAAGUUCAUUACACGAAAAUUUAUCAUGCGGAAGAACAGAAUCGAUUAACACUAGAAGUCUGUCCGUUGUUAAUAGUGAUCCCAACCAACAAAUAGUUCAGUUAACAAAUGAAGAUCAACCGAAGUCUCGGAAACAUGGGACUGUUGUAACCGGUUCGACACAAAACUUUAUUUCCUGUGAUGUCACAACAAACCCUCAUACUGCAUCUUGGAGGGAUAGCGAAUCUGUUCACCGUUUUUGGAAACCUAUUGAUCCAGACGAAUAUAAUAGACCAAAAGAGUAUCUUGAUUCAGCUGUUUCAUGGUUUUCAACUAAUGAUACUCAAUGUUGUCCUCCAAAUAUUCAUUCCGAAUCUGCAAACACAUUUGAAUUUACGGAAAAUGAGAUCAAAGAUACUGACUUCACGGUGGCUCCUCGACAGCUGUUCUGUUGGGCUCCCUUGUUAUCUGGUUCAUUAUGCCGUCGAUGUGAUCCAAGCGGUCGAUGUCCUAUACAUGGCAGAAUUGUUAAACGUGACAAAAUAACUGGGAGACCGAUUAAUAUGAAUGACCGAAAACUUCUCCAAACAGAAAUGGAAUCUAAGAGAUUAGCUAGACAAAAAAGUGAGUUUUCUUGUGUAAUGGUUUAAUUUCACACGAAUUUUCUUAGUUAUAUCAAUUCAUAAGUUGAAGGCUACUCUGUGAAAAAUGUAGAUUUUUUAACAUCGAUAUCAAUCUUCUCUCUUCGUUGUUUUGACCACUUAUAAAGUUGUUAUUCACAAAAAAAUAGAGUUUUCAGUGAAAUAUUACUAAUUGUUCUUGAAAUAAUAAGCUUUGUGAUCUAAUUUUGUACAUGUUAACAUGAAUUUAACAAAUUGGUCCCUGCACAGCAGCUCGCAUAUGGUCGAAACCGUGUUCUACCCAAGUUAAACGAUCAGGGAGUGGCCCGAAAGAAAAUCACCUACUUCGGUUUAGACACAUGAGUAGUAUACCAGCCCUCUCACAAAAUUAAUCAUAAAUACAACUCGAAAAACAUAUACCUGCUUGGAUCCUCAUCCUCACAAAUAUUCGGUACCAUUCGUUGUUAGUUUAUAUUGAGUUACUUGUCAACUCGCAUUUAUUUUAUUUUAUGUAUUCCUUUAUUUUUCAACUUAUAUAGCAGCUCGCCUAUGGUGGAAACCCUGUCCCAUCUAAACGAUUUCGAGUCACUGACUGGUCAAAAGUUGAAUGAUACCACCGACUAAGAAUACUGAUACAAUCUUUCUGAAACUACGUAUGACAUUCAAACUGGCUUCCUUCAACGUUCUCACACUGAUGCAGAUCGAACAACAGAUAGGGUUGACUAUUUCCUUAGAAAGUCUCAACAUCGAUGUAUGUUGUCUAUUCAAGACUGUAGUGAAGUACUAUAAAUUCUCUCUCCAUCUGUCUCUUCGGAAAGCUUGUUUCACGUGCGUUUGUCCGGAGACUCUGUGGCAUCUCUAUCUGGCUUUGCUGGGGUUGGUGUUUCACUAAGCACUAGAGCCGAGACAGCACUAAUCAAUUGGAUGAGCACUGGUUGCAUUUGCAUGACGCCAUGAAAAUGGCGAGUAAAUUCGCUUGCAGCUUCGCGAAACGUCCAGCUUAUAAGCGCUGAAUUUCUACAGGAUCGUUACAACCUGUUGACGCACAUCGGUCUAUUCCGAGUGACUGCGAGUUUGACCAUAAAUGAAGAUUAUUGUGUAAUGAAAUUGUGCGAAGUUUGCGUAUGAACCGAGAAGCUUGGUGGUCGGAGCGUACUAACGAGUUGGAAGCAGCAGCUGCAUCUUGUGACUUACUGAAGCUCUUUCAACUCAUCCGAGACACUGGCAGCAAGAAGUCAGGUGUAUGAAACAAUCUGUCAAGCUGGCAGAAUGUCAAUCGAUAACAUCUACUGACAUCUUGAACGAUAGUCUGAGUUUUUCGAGCAGCAGUUUAACUGGUCUGCUGCCCCGGCGACGUCGAUUAGACUGUCCUGCUCUCCAUGGCAGGAACUCCGACUCUUAAAGUGUCACAAAUCACCAAGCUCAGAUGACCUACCUCUGGUCCUUUUUAAAGAUGUUGGUGACUUUAUCGUUAAGGAACUGACUGAGUUGUUGACAAAUGUCUGGCAAUUAGAGAGAGAGUGUGUUCCAACAUCAUGGAAUGAGUAGAUAGUUGCCCCUGUCUUCAAGAAGAAUUCACGUCGUUUCUGUAACAACUAUCGGGGGAUAGUUCUACUUCCGAUUGCGUCCAAACUAUUAGUUUCUGUCAUACUUCGUCGAUUGUUCAAAACCUUAGAAAGAUUGACUGGUGAGGAGCAGACUGGCUUUUGUUCUGGUUGAGGAUGUAUUGGUCAUAUCUUCACCCUCCUCCAAAUGUUAGAACACCGUCAUACUCAUCACAAGCCAACAACCAUAGUGACAUUAGGGCCGCCUUCGAUUCGUUGGACAGGACU